CUCCCUGAGGUCCUCCGGGCCGCCAGGGGGCGCUGUGGGCGCCGCCCGCUCCCGGCGUCCCCUCGCGCCUCCCGCCCUCCCCUGCGCUCUCUUUCUCUCUGCGCGGCCGCCGCCGACAUGGGACGCGUGCGGACGAAGACGGUGAAGAAGGCGGCGCGGGUGAUCAUCGAGAAGUACUACACGCGGCUGGGCAACGACUUCCACACCAACAAGCGGGUGUGCGAGGAGAUCGCCAUCAUCCCCAGCAAGAAGCUGCGCAACAAGAUCGCGGGGUAUGUCACCCACCUGAUGAAGCGGAUCCAGAGGGGACCCGUCAGAGGCAUCUCCAUCAAACUGCAGGAGGAGGAGAGGGAGAGGAGGGACAACUACGUCCCAGAGGUCUCUGCCCUCGAUCAGGAGAUCAUCGAAGUGGACCCAGACACCAAGGAAAUGCUGAAGCUUCUGGACUUCGGCAGCCUGUCCAACCUGCAGGUCACACAGCCCACGGUGGGGAUGAACUUCAAAACACCCCGAGGAGCUCUCUGAGGCGGUCGCUGUUAUGUCACUUUUCCAAUAAACGUGGGAAACCAA